AAAAAAAAACUUCCCACCUCCAUAAAAUGAAAAAUAUAUCAACGUCCCGUCGCCUCUGAUUAUUUUUCUUCCUCUCAUUCCUCUGGCAUCUUUUUUUUUCUACCUCAUUUUGGUUCCAUGCUCACUACCUCAACACCUUCUUAUCAUCAUAAUGUUUUCUGUCCAACCGCUGGAACGUAUAGUAGCUAUUACUAUGAUGCCUUACGUGCUAAUAGUCGACGUAGCAACCGGCGAGUCUCCUUGGUGAGAAACACUUUGCCACAUCCUCAGCAGAUGCAAAAUGAACAGAAAAACGACAAAAACAAGUCCCUUAAGAAUAAGGGUAACAAGAAGAAAUCUGUUCGUUUCAGCGAAAACAAUGAUCAAGUACGAUUAUUCUAUCAAUGGCAAGCACCCCAACAGCAACAGCAGCAAAAUGAUGGAAGAGAAAGAGAAGAAGCCGAUGUACCGUAUUAUCAUCAUCAGCUGACACCGACGAAAAGCACUGCGACGGUAUCGACGACAAGCGAUCAGAAACAACAGCAAUAUCAGCUGGAACUGGUCAAAAACGAGAAAACACAAGGUGCCACGACCAUGGCAACCAAAAAGAACCACUUACCGCUUGAACUGAAAUCCAUUCACGUUGCACAAGAAGUGCAAGCACCAGUUGGUAUUAUUGUUGUCGGCAAUUGCCAUGUCGUCAACCUUGCAUUUGAAAAGCAUGUCACAGUGCGUUACACCUUUGAUAACUGGACGACGUUCACCGAUAUUGACGCCAUGUACCGUGAGUCACUGGCUGACUCGGCCAUGGACCGCUUUGCUUUUGAAUUCCCAUGGGAUACCACUGCCACCACCAAGAACCACGAACAAUCGUUGCAGUUUGCCUUGCGCUAUUUUGUCAACGGUAUGGAGUUUUGGGAUAACAAUGACGGAGACAACUAUUGUGCACGUCUCCACGUCCUACCAACUGCGACAACAAAAACAAGUGACAAUGACAAUGACAAUUCCGACCAUCGAAAAAGCGAGAAUGACGUUACGCAGCAAGACGAUGGUGAAAAAUCAGCAGCACCCUGGUCGUCUUUUCACCAGCAAAAGGACGAUUUGUCCAGAGCAACAGCAAUCAAUCCGUGGACCACGUCUUCGUUCUGGGCCAACUGCUUUUCUAACUCAACAACGUCGUCGCAUUUUCCAUCCCUUCAACAGCAAUCGCAGCGCCAGGAACAGCAUGACCACCGUCCUACCCAUCAUAGUCACCUUUUAACAAAAGCGACCUCAGCAUCAUCUACAACGCAACAGCCACAACAAUCAAAGUACUUUGACAAGCGUCGCAGCAACAGCAACAAUUUCAUCAAUCAUCAUCCACAUCAUUUCUCUUCUAAAUCAACAUCUUCACUCAUUUCAUAAACAAAACAAAAAAACCGCGCAUUUGUUCUCUCUUAGCAACCCCAUCUUUUGCAAAUACCUAAAAAAGAGUCUCCUUUAUUCUUCCCUAUUUGUAGUCUUUCAAUUAUUGUAUUUUUAUUAAUAAAAAAAAGUAUCUUUGUCUGCAUACAUGUCA